AUGUCCAAAAAAGGAGAACAUUCGGGAGCUAAGCAAGUGCAACCACCCAAACCCAAAAUAUCUUUCUUGGAUCUCCUCUUUAUCAUAAAUGUGGAGACAAAAGCAAAGAACAUAGCACUAGCGACACCUAGUAGGGAGCUCAAGCUUGUUUCUAAUGAUCGGUUCCAUGUACAAAUCGAACACUUGAGCGAUUUAGGAUUUUUCAAGUCUGAUAUGAAUGAUGUAAAGAUCAAUUGUGAAGUAGUUUCUAUGGGAGAUUCGGAUGAUUCCGUCAAAAUAUUUGAGGCUCGAAGGUCAUUAGACAAAAAUUCUAGAUGGUUGAUCAAUGAUCUUCUUGCUCCACAAGGUCUUAUCAGAAGUGGCCUAGUCGCCGACAUCAAAUUGAGUUUCAAUGGCGACUUACUUGAUAAGAUCGGGUUUGAGAUAUGUACCGAACAAGACCGGAGAUAUUAUUCCGUUGAUGAUACUCUUAGAUACCUUCAAUGUUUCUUUGAUGAUGUGACAAAAAAAAGAAGAUACCUAUGUUUCUUUCCCUAG